CGCUCUCUCCUCCAUUUCCAGCUCCCACUCCCAAGCCACCUCUCUCUCUCUCUCUCUCUCUCUCUGCUCCUCUCCAAUGGCAGCCAUAGCUCGCGUCUCCAGGAGAGCCUUAACCUCCUUCUCCAGCUCAGCCCAGCCAUCCGCCUUCCACCGCACCUUCUCUGCCGAAGCAGCAAAAGCCGCGGCAAUAACACCCUCGCCGGAUCGGGUCAAGUGGGACUACAGAGGCCAGAGAAGGAUAAUUCCACUCGGCCAGUGGCUCCCGAAGAUCGCCGUCGACGCAUACGUGGCACCCAACGUGGUCUUGGCGGGUCAGGUCACGGUCUGCGACGGAGCAUCCGUUUGGCCAGGGUCGGUCCUCCGCGGCGAUCUCAAUAAGAUCACCGUCGGAUUCUGCUCCAAUGUUCAGGAAAGAUGUGUCCUCCACGCCGCUUGGUCUUCCCCCACAGGACUUCCAGCAGAGACAUCCAUUGAGAGGUUUGUGACUAUUGGCGCAUACAGUCUGUUGCGGUCUUGCACGAUUGAGCCAGAAUGCAUUGUUGGGCAGCAUUCGAUCCUAAUGGAAGGUUCCUUGGUGGAGACCCACGCUAUCCUUGAAGCUGGAUCUGUACUUCCCCCGGGGAGGAGAAUUCCAACUGGUGAACUUUGGGCUGGAAACCCGGCAAGGUUUGUCCGAACCCUAACACAUGAAGAGACCUUGGAGAUCCCCAAACUCGCGGUCGCGAUAAAUGAUUUAAGCAAAGAAUAUUUCCAAGAAUUCCUCCCGUACUCCACAGUAUAUUUGGAGGUUGAAAAGUUCAAGAAGUCCUUGGGGAUUUCCAUUUGAUCAGUUUCAUCAUCAUGUUUCCUUGUAUCGUUUAGUUGGAGGCUUUCGUUGCAAGGAAGGAAAUAAGCAGCUCCGAGACAGCAGAGCUAUCUUUUUUGGGUGUCUACCUUGUAUUUCGAUCGAAUUGUUUGAAAUAUCAACCGACAAUCGGAUGUUUAAUAGUAGUUUCCAGCCAAGACUUGUCCGAAAAUUCUGAUCACUUGUUUCCCCAUUUGUUUAGCUCUUUGUUUAAGCUCAAUGUGUGUGGUUGUAGCUGACUUGAUGUCAUAUAUAAAAGAUUCACCAUUGCUGUU